AUGGAACAAAUUUCUGGUACACAGACACCAUUACGAGAAUUUCAGGCUCUUGAUUCUUAUAUUGAUGUUGACUUUGCUCAGCUUUUUAAUUCUUCUGUCUCUGUCUCUGAUGACAAACUCAAAUUGAAAAGGAUAGCUGACAAACCUAGACCAGGUUUUGAUGGAGGUAAUGAAAGAGGAACUAAUGUUUGUACAACUGCAGAUCAUAAGGCUGUUGAUGAUGAAGAGGUCGAUCCUCUGACAGUCAACACAAAGCCAUUUAUGCUGACGCCAGAACCUUCAUUGCUCAGUUCCAGAUCUAGUUCCAGCUCAGCAUCAAGCUCCACAUCUACCAGCACAGAUCCAAGUCUGAAAGUCGAUAAUACAGCUCAGACUGCAGUUGUCUCUAAAACUGUUCACCAAAAGCAAGCAUCUGACAGCACUAUUGUUCCGCAAAUCAGUAGUCUUCGGCACCCAAGUUACAAAGGAAAAAUUUGCAAUCAAAGUAAAAUUGUCACCGGUUUGACCACUCCUUCACCAACUCCAAUAAUCGUCAGUCCAACAAGCCGAAUUGAACUCCGAGCACUCUACGAGAAGUAUCCCAACAUUUGCCCAAAAUUUCCCGCACCACCGCCAGCCUUCUUCAACCGAGAUCUCAGCCAACAAACAUACUUACAAUGUGUACGAUCGCCCCCAAUCACACCGCGCAAAUAUGGCCAGCCAGAUUCCCGCCGUCUUGCCGAGUCAUUCGCCUCCAGAACACCACUCCCGUCCAAAAUUCACCUGCACCCCAGAAUGGUGAAAGAGAGUUUGAAGGAAUGGUAUGAGAUGGCUGGAUUUAUGGCAAAGUGUCGACGCGAUGAACAACUCAAUCCUUAUCCACAUCUGGAUCUGAAUUCAGGAUGGAAUCGCGCACGAGUUCAGGGAGAACAAUGGCAUGAUAAUUUUAAUCCGUGGCAGAAACCUAAUACCAAGAUUUUGGAGGUGGUUCAGUUGCAAGAGCAGCUUUUGAAGUUUUCGUGGGGUGAACAGGUAGAUUCGAUUGUUGUUGAUGGGGGGUUGGCAGAGGGUGUUUUUGAGAGGGUAUUUGAGGGCGUAGAUGCGGAGAAAGAGAGGAUGGCUGGACGCGGACAGAAGAGAAUGCCGGGGGCUUGGUGGGCGCAGAGGAAACGGAUUUUUUACGAUUUGAAGGGUAGAGGGUUUAGGGAGGAGGUUCAUAUCAAGAAUUGUCAGAUCUGGGAUGGGGUAAAAGUAUGGGCCGCAAAUGAUGUUGACGCACAAUACGGCAAAUCAAAGCGAAAAAUUGAUGUCGUUGAGAAAAUGGCUGCGAAAGCAGACGACAUGGAACAAACCCAGAUUGAGGAGCCUAUUCCCAAGAGACACAAAUUCCGUCGUCGAAUCGCACAAGUCAUGAGCGCCGCCUGGCGAGCCAAGCGAAGAAACCAGGAAAAGAAAGCCGGUCGAUGGACAGACGGAACACCGUUGCAAAACCGCAUAUGGGCUGAAUUUCACUGGGUCUUGGAUGCGCCAGAUCAUCGUGAUCGACGAUUUUUCGACAUGCGGGACUGGCCGCGGAUGUUCGCUGAGAAAGGAUGGCCAGGAGUUUCUGCGAUGCGGGUUUGGGCGGAGUUUUAUCAUGGAUGGGGUCCGUUGCAGAGCUGGCUUUAUUGGUAUACGCUUCAGGCGCAGAGACAGCGUAGGAUGUUUAGGGAAAGGGAAGGACGGCAGAGAAGGCAGUGGCAGUGGGCUAUUGAGGGUGAGGGCGAAGUUAGGCUUCCGGAUGCGAGGUUUGGAUAUGUUGGGUACACUGGAUAA